AGCUAGAUGUUUCCACCUCAAGUGUGGGUGAUGCCGGGGUCAUGCUGCCGACCGGCCCGGGAAUGCCCGGGGGGCUCGGGCAGAUGCCGGGGCAGAUGCCCGGGCAGAUGCCCCCGCCAAUGCUCCCACCCAUGGCUGGGCAGAUGCCCGGACAGAUGGGACAGAUGGGACAGAUGGGACAGAUGCCUCCCAGGGCUCCCAUGCAGUUUCCGAUGGGCUUCGGGCAAGUGCCGAUGGGACACAUGGUCCCACAGCUAGGAGCUCUACCUCAACGUCCGAUGACUGGGAUGGUAGGAGCACCAAUGUCAAUGCCUCUGGGGCCAACAGGGCCAACGGGGCCCAUGCCAGGCCUCACGAUGACAGGCCCUGGCACCGCACCGCCGCUGCCCACCGGUCCUCCACAAGCGUUAGACACUGCUCCAACCACUGGAGGACCACCUCCAGCACCGACUGCGCCUCCAGCGCCAGCCAGUGCGCCCGAAGGGGCUGCGACGGCGGCGGCGCAGUCCGCACAGCAGAUGCAGUACAUGCAGCAGUAUCAGUUUUACCAACAGCUCCAGAAACAGGAGCAGGAAAAGAGAGCGAAAACACAAUCAGCGCAGCCGUUACGCUUCAAAGAAGGCUUUCGCCCCAUGCGAUUGUGCAAACCCUUGCUGACGGUGGGCUUUUGCCGACAGGGCCAGGAUUGCACCUUUGCGCAUACCUACGAGGAGCUCCACCCCGCCUCCCCUGAUGUGCCGGACAACUUGGUGAAUGAGGACGGUGCGGCAGCUGAACAGGGAGACAUUCCUGAGAACCAAAUACCCGACAUGAGACUCAAGAAGAAGAAGGAGAUGUGUGGACGCUUUUCACGAGGUGAAUGCUCGCUGGGGAAGAUUUGCCCCUUUGCGCAUACCGAGAGCGAGUUGGGAACCAUUGGCCUCUCGGUCUGUGGCAAAGUGAAGACCAGGCUUUGUGUCUUCUGGGAUCCUGUGACCAAAACGGCGAAGGGAUGCAUUUAUGGAAAGAAUUGCAACAAUGCCCACGGCGAGCGGGAGAUCGGCACCAAGCGCCCGCCCCCGGAGCUGUGCCCGCCCAUGAAGCGGCGGCGGGAUGGCGAAUCGGUGAUCCGGGGCCGCGACUAGGGUGA